AUGUAUCGAAAUGCUGACGUGUGUUUCAGGAGGCACCCACUACGUGCGCGUCUACUUGGGGACCUUUUCACUACGGUAGAGAACCCGCUGUACAAGGCGGGGCUGGAGGACAACCCCAACCCGACCAUAGACAAACUGAAGUCUUACAAAGGACGGAGACCUUUUGCCCGAGAUUAUGAUCACAGCAAUAUGUACCAAGACCACAGAAUAGAUACCGUAUCGGAAUCUUGCACAGAUCCAAGCCCCGUUACGACCAGCAACGAGAUUGACAGUAUCUAUGACACCAUUGAGGGCUGUUCACAAGAUACCAUGUCGCCGGUUUUCUCUGAGACCACUUGCACUGGUCAAAACCAGCCUACUGACAGUCAGCGCCAUCUAUUGGGAAGUGUUGAAACUCCUGGAGGUGGCGGUGAUGUUCACUGAGCGUAUUCUCGCCUGACGCCUUCUUCAGAUCGGAACUGGCUACCGUCUUUUGCAGAAACUGAUAGUUGAACAUAAAAACUAACAGUUCAUUGUCACGAAACACGUUAUUGAAAUGACGAUAAUUUGAACAUAAUGAUAAAACCAGAUUUAAAUGUAUGUACCUGUACGUCCGUCCAAAAUCAAGGCGAUUAACUUAUUGUUUGCUUUUAUUUAAGUUUUUAUUCAAUAAGAAAAUUCAUUAAAUAUUUCAUCGUGAUACACCUCUUAAAACAAUU